UCUGUGUUACCUACAAGGCCUAUUUUCUUAAUAUGAAAUAGGCCUUUUCUCCUCGUACAUAUUCCCCUGCGCGUAGCCGUCUCCACCUGUCAACCUCAUCAUGGCCGCAAAUAGUAUCAAGGUCGUUGCCCGUUUCCGGCCGCAGAAUAAGGUCGAGUUGGCAUCUGGCGGAGAGCCUAUCGUUACUUUCGAUGGCCUCGACACCUGUGCCCUCAACUCGGGAGAAGCUACGGGCACUUUCACCUUUGAUCGUGUGUUUGGAAUGCAAGGUAGACAACACGAAAUAUUCGAUUACUCUAUCAAACCCACCGUCGACGAUAUCCUUAACGGUUACAAUGGAACGGUGUUUGCAUAUGGCCAGACUGGUGCAGGAAAGUCCUAUACCAUGAUGGGGACGAGUAUAGAGGACGACGAAGGCAAAGGUAUCACUCCUCGUAUUGUCGAACAAAUCUUCAGCAGUAUCAUGUCCAGCCCACCUACUAUCGAAUAUACUGUUCGGGUCAGCUAUAUGGAAAUCUACAUGGAACGUAUCCGCGAUCUCUUAGCGCCGCAGAAUGAUAACCUGCCUGUCCACGAGGAGAAGAAUCGGGGUGUGUAUGUCAAGGGUCUCUUGGAGAUCUACGUCUCGAGCGUGGAAGAAGUUUUUGAAGUAAUGAAGAGGGGUGGAAAUGCAAGAGCUGUCGCUGCCACCAACAUGAAUCAGGAGUCAUCACGUUCACACUCCAUUUUCGUCAUCACCAUAUCUCAGAAAAAUCUUGAAACGGGUUCCAUGAAGAGCGGUCAAUUAUUCUUGGUCGAUCUGGCUGGAAGUGAGAAAGUUGGCAAGACCGGUGCUAGCGGCCAGACUUUGGAGGAAGCGAAGAAGAUCAACAAGAGUUUGAGUGCCUUGGGUAUGGUCAUUAACGCUCUCACUGACGGCAAAUCCUCCCACGUCCCCUAUCGAGAUUCCAAGUUGACGAGGAUUCUACAAGAGUCUCUCGGAGGAAACAGUAGGACGACACUCAUUAUAAAUUGCUCUCCAAGUAGUUAUAACGAUGCUGAAACGCUAAGCACGCUACGAUUUGGUAUGAGAGCGAAAUCGAUUAAGAACAAGGCCAAGGUCAAUGCCGAGCUCAGUCCCUCAGAGCUCAAGGCUAUGCUUGCUAAAGCCAAGUCCAACAUCACCACCUUCGAAGGCUAUAUCUCAAACUUGGAAGGGGAACUCCAGCUGUGGCGUGGCGGCGAAACUGUCCCCAAAGAGAAAUGGGUUCAGUCAAUGCUUUCUGAUAGCGUGUCCAGCACAAGACAAGAUACGAGGUCUCACCGGCCUUCGACUCCGUCGCGGCUCAUGACCGAAAGUCGAGCUGAAACGCCAGCACUGACGGAUCGUUCUGGGACCCCAAGUCUCCCUCUGGAUAAGGAUGAGAGAGAGGAAUUCCUCCGAAGAGAGAAUGAGCUGCAAGAUCAGUUAGCAGAGAAGGAGUCGGCCGUUGCUGCAGCUGAGAAGUCCCUUCAAGAGUCUAGGGAGGAGCUAUCUUUCUUGAAGGACCACGAUAGCAAGAUGGGCAAAGAGAAUGAACGAUUAACAACAGAGGUCAACGAGGCCAAGAUGCAGCUCGAACGCCUAACCUUCGAAAGCAAGGAAGCCCAGAUUACCAUGGAUGCAUUGAAAGAGGCGAACUCCGAGCUUACGACAGAGCUUGACGAAGUUAAACAACAACUCUUAGAUAUCAAGAUGAGCGCCAAGGAGACCAGUGCCGUUCUGGAUGAUAAGGAGAAGAAGAAGGCCGAGAAGAUGGCUAAGAUGAUGGCAGGAUUUGACUUGGGUGGAGAGGUAUUUAGUGCCAACGAGCAGUCGAUUGCCAAUGCCAUCCAGCAGGUCGAAGCACUAUUCGAGCAAUGCUCAUCAGGCGACCCCAUCCCACCAGAUGAUCUACAGGAACUCAAGGCCAAGUUAGUAGAGACACAAGGCAUCGUCCGACAAGCGGAGUUGUCUUUGCACAGCGGCGUGCCCGGCCUAGCAAAUGGCAAGACAAUGCAACAACAAAUCGCCGAGUUCGACGUUAUGAAGAAGAGUUUGAUGCGAGAUUUGCAGAACAGGUGUGAAAGAGUGGUGGAACUCGAGAUCUCUCUCGACGAGACUCGCGAGCAGUACAACAAUGUGUUGCGGUCGUCCAAUAACCGCGCCCAGCAAAAGAAGAUGGCUUUCCUUGAACGCAACCUUGAGCAGUUAACUCAAGUGCAACGUCAACUUGUUGAACAAAACAGUAGCCUGAAGAAGGAGGUGGCUAUCGCCGAGAGGAAACUCAUUGCAAGAAAUGAGCGUAUCUCUAGCUUGGAGAGCUUGUUGCAGGAUAGCCAGGAGAAAUUGACAGCUGCGAAUCACCGAUUCGAGUCCCAACUUACUGCCGUCAAGGAGCGUCUUGAGGCAGCCAAGGCUGGCUCGACUCGUGGCCUAAAUGCAUCGUCGGGUGGUUUCAGCUUCGCUAAUGCCGGAAGCCGCAUCGCGAAACCGCUCCGUGGUGGAGGUGCUGCCGGUGAUGCGCCCGCUCAAGUUCCCACUAUCGCCAACCUACAAAACGAAGGCAAUGCUGGUAAGAGAAGCAGCUGGUUCUUCCAGAAGUAGAUGGAGGGAUAUGCAUGAGAAGACCACAGAUAACCACUACUACGACCCGGUAAACGGAUGAAACUAGAAUGUAAAGGAAUAUCCCCCAAUACUCUAGAGGACACGCGAGGAGCCCGGUUUCAUUUUGUGGCACAGAUAGAGGAUUAUACCCCAGCACCGGUCCCCGAAUUUCUUCCAUUUCGACGCUAUCCAGCUCUGC